GGUUUCUGUGAAAUCUUGAGAGAUGAACGCUUUUUCAGGUGGGUUUAGAAGUAAACCUUGCUGCUGUGUUUGUUCAGUUAUUCUUUUUGAGUGACAUUCCGAGAUGUGGCAAUAACUCCUGGCAGGCAUCGUUGCCAUAAAUUGGAUUAUUUGGAGUUUCUCGCCACUGAAGUAGCCUCGCUCUGUAGAGAUGGGUUCUGUUCUUCAUCUUGUCGUGGUUUUUCUUUUUACAUGUGGAGUAGCUUGGGCUUUAAGAGUGCCACGCUCUACCUACUCCGGUCGUCAGCUGUUGGUGGGGUACUGGGGACAAAACGGAGCUGGACCUGCUAAUGGGCCGGCAAACUACGAGAAACCGCUGUUCGAAGUGUGUCAGACAACGAAGUACGACAUUCUUGCCGUGUCCUUCGUCAUAGUGUUCUUUGAUUCAAGGAAUAAAGGCCUUCCUGCACUCAACUUCGCCUACCACUGUGAGACUCCAGUUUCCCCGGAGUAUCCAUUCCUACUUCGAUGCCCUGAGAUCGAGAAAGGAAUAAAAGAAUGCCAGAAAAGAGGAAAAAGAGUCUUGAUGUCUAUUGGUGGAGCGACUGGGGAUGGCACUCUGCCCGAUCCUGACAAGGCCAGAGAAUUUGCACGUACACUGUUCGACUUGUUUCUGGGAGGUAGUGGCUAUCAAAAAAUAAGGCCUUUUGGGAGCGCUGUUAUGGAUGGUAUUGACCUGGAUAUCGAGGGAGGUGACUACAAAUACUACCCCGAGUUUAUAACUGAAUUGCGCACGCUCAUGGAUAAUGACCAGUCAAAGGGCUACCUGAUCACGGGCGCACCCCAGUGUCCAUACCCCGAUCAUCACAUGGGACCUGAGAAGCCUGGAUCUGGAUUGGAGGAGGCUGGGCAAUAUGUCGACCAUCUUUACAUACAAUUUUACAACAACUACUGUCACACCGGAGCUGGCAACUGGUUCACUGAAACUUUGGAUAAAUGGCUGGCGUUUUCAAAGAGAAUGAAACCACAUGGACCGUUGAUUUUUAUUGGCAUGCCUGCGGCUACAAAGGGAGCAAGUGGAGCACACUUCUACAGGCCACCGGCUGAGCUGACUACCUUAUACCAGUCAGUGAAAAAUCUGCCAGGCAUCGGAGGAAUAAUGCUGUGGGACGUGUCCUGGGACCAAAACAAUGUCAUCAAUGGUCAGCGGUACUCCGAGUACGCGUUCAAAGAACUCGGUGGUCUCACCAACACUGUACCUCCAGUUACUACCCAGGCUCCUCCUCCGCCAGUCACUACCGAGGGUCCUAAUCCGCCAGUUACUACCCAAGCACCUCCCCCGCCAGUGACAACCCAAGCACCACCCCCACCGAGUGGUCCUUUCUCGUGUGCAAGCGUUGGUGACGGGAUUUAUGCAGACCCCAGUGAUUGCACCAAGUUCAUUCAGUGCCAUGGCGGUCGGAAAUACAUAAGAAGCUGUGCGCCCGGACUGAAAUUCAACCCGAAAAGCAAGGCAUGCGACUGGCCACAGAACGUGCAGUGCGCAUAACUGAUCUAUUAAUUGGUCGAUCGCUGUUGUAAAGGUUUACUUGAUUGCUAACCUUGGGUUUAAUAAAAUCACAAGCAGAAGAAUGCCGCAUUGAUUUGUCUUGGC